ACUGCGAGGCCGCUGCCGGGACGGCUCCGCCAGGGGGCGCGCGGGAGCGCUGCCCGCCCUUCCGGCCGCCGCCGCCAUGCCGAUGAAGGGGCGCUUCCCGGUGCGCCGGACCCUGCAGUAUCUCAGCCAGGGCGACGUCGUGUUUAAGACCUCGGUGAAGGUGAUGACCGUGAACUACAACACGGCAGGAGAUUUGAGCGAAGGCGCGAGGAAGUUCGUAUUUUUCAACAUCCCCCAGAUCCAGUACAAGAACCCGUGGGUGCAGAUCAUGCUGUUCAGGAACAUGACUCCCUCGCCCUUCCUGCGGUUCUACCUGGACAAUGGAGAACAGGUUUUGGUUGACGUGGAAAAUAAAACCAACAAAGAGAUAACAGAGCACGUUAAAAAAAUCCUGGGGAAAAGCAAAGAAAUGCUUGAAAAAGAAGAAAGAGAAAGGAAAAAACUAUCACACCCAGCAACCUUCGGGCCCAAGAAGUAUCAUCUGCGAGAAUGUAUGUGUGAGAUUGAAGGCCAAGUUCCCUGCCCUGCUGUUGUACCAUUGCCCAAAGAGAUGAGGGGAAAAUACAAAGCUGCUAUGAAAAAUGAGGCAUGAGCCUGACAUUUCAGGACCUCAAGUCAUGCAGCUGUUUUUCCUCAGGACUGGAUAAUAAAGGUGCUUCAGUGAGAGACAAAAGCCAGCAGUUCCUGAUAACAGGAACAAGCAAGUUCAUUAAAUACAGACAA